AUGGAAAUCGGUGGAAGUGAUUCAUUUCAGAGUUUAAAUAAAACACUGACUGAAAUGGUGAAUAAUAAAACUAACCUGAACGAAAAAAUAUAUACAUCUUUUUCGGCAGAACUUAACAUUACUUUAUAUAGCGUAAUAUUUAUCUUGUCGGUAUGUGGAAACAGUUUGGUCAUCAUAACAUUGAUAAAAAACAAAAAGAUGCGCACAAUAACGAACCUGUUUCUGGUCAACUUGGCAAUCAGUGACCUCAUGCUGUCCGUGCUCUGUAUGCCCUUCUCCCUUGUGGCGACCGUACUACUGCGAAACUUCAUAUUCGGAGAGGCCAUGUGUGUCAUAAUCAGAUACUUUCAAGCGGUGUCGGUCGGUGUGAGCUGUUACACCCUGGUGGCUAUCUCCUUGGAACGUUACUACGCCAUAUGUGAACCACUGCGGUCACGACGCUGGCAAACACUCUCGCACGCCCGUAGAAUGCUGAUCGGCAUCUGGGCCAGUGUCCUCACCUUGAUGUCCCCCAUCGCAAUGUUCCACAGGGUAAUCAAGAUCCAGACUGGCGGUCAGGCGUGUCGGGAAGUAUGGCCGGAAAUCUUGCUGCUCUUUAAAAUCGACGUUAUUUACAGCAUUUUAUUGGCAUUGAUUCUUUUGCUACUUCCUCUACUGACGAUGGGAUCGUUUUAUAGCCUUGUUGCCAAAAAACUCUGGAUGGUUUCUACACAAAUGGCAGCACCAUCCGGGCAUCCUCCAAUUGCCUUCAAGGCUAUUCUGACCCGUGCUGUCAGACCCGGACCAAAUCAGCGCAUCAUUUUUGAUGACGUGAAGCUGAACCUUGGAAAUGCCUUAAAUCAACAUCUGGGUGGAUUCAUCGCACCGUUGAACGGUACCUACUUGUUUUCCGUGUACGUAUGA